ACAUCGUAGAGAGAGUGCAGGCAGCGUUCCACGACGACUACCUGCCGUAAGAAUGGAGCAUUUAUUUCAUUUAUUUUUUAUUUACUUUACUUUUUCUUUAUUAAAAAAAAAAGCUAAAUAAAGUCUCAUUUAACAUUUUUGCGUGCUCCAUGUCACUGACCAUUUCAACGACAUUUUCUUUCCUUGCUUUUGUCCUUUUUUUUUCUCUCCUUUUAUCUUUUUGGAAUUGUCUUUUUUUUCUCUCCUUUUAUCUUUUUGGAAUUGUCUUUUUUUUCUCUCCUUUUAUCUUUUUGGAAAAUCUAAAAAUAGGUACAACUACUACGAGCGACUAUGUCGAAACCGUUUCCUCAGCGGCCCCCCACUGGCGACGAGAUGGAGGAUCCGUAUCCCGACGAGGCAGGGUCGGCGGACUAUCAGACUCUGCGAGGAAGUUCAUCAUCCAUUGCUCCCCACGUGCGAGCAAACAUUGCCACGUGGACGAAGGGGCGAUUGACACGUAAGACCCUUUGCCUGCUAUCGUUUCUGGUCCUCAUGUCCCUCCUGGUGUUGAGUAUUACCCCCCCUUCGCCCGCCUCAUUCUGGUCUGUCCCGACUCAAUGCGGCUCUACGAGCUCGAUCAUUCUUCUUCAACCCAACGCUGCGGAUGGUCAAGGAAGGUGGAUGAGCUUCCUAUCGGGACUCUACAGUCUCGAUCGCGAUUGCAGUUCGCUGUCCUACAGGGCAUGGCGGGUCCCGACAAGCCAAGCCAACAAUGCUGUCAUCGACUCACAACAAUCCAACAAGUCCGUGGAAGGAGGAGGAGGAGGAGGAGGAGGAGGAGGAGGAGGAGAGCAAAAGAGAGAAGAGGGGGGAUGGGGAGGGGGUUGGAAUUGGGGGCAGUUCCAUGAGAGUGAAAGAGAGGGUGGUGCAGAGGGUUCAAGGAAAUCCCCUCCUGAGGGUGGGGCAGAGUCCAUGGCUCAGCGGAGACAGGGUCCAUCGUCGAAGCACGAGGAAGCAGAAGAACUUCAAGAUGACGCUGUUAAGCUCCCCGGCUAUGAGAUCUACGAGGACAGGAUGUGCACUACUAACCGUAGAUCAGAUUGUUAUCCGAGGGUGAGAGGGUUGUGUUUCAGUCGGCGGCAGGUCACUCUCUGCCAAGCGGAAUCAGAAGUAAACUACCAAGGGCUGAGAAUCGAAGAAGACGAAGCACGACCAAGUCUGAAGCUGAACGAGGAAGAUCAUGGCUAUGGUGGUUUGGAAUCCAUAGUCAGUCGGAUAGAGGAAGAUAAAGCCGACGGUCUGUUGGCGGCCAUGGAGCUUAGCUCCGGCUUCAAGGUACCAGAGAGCGAAAUGUCGACAACGUCAUCGUCAUCGCCAUCGCCAUCGACAUCGACACGACGAGCCAUGUCCAGACCAGCCAUAGCCGGCAUUACGAACAUGCCCAGACCAGCCAUAGCCACGGAGGUUAACACUGGUAAAACUUACCAGCAGCCUCAGCAGGACGGACAUGUCGAACCCCACCAUAGCCAAAGGCAAUCAUCUCGUAUCGACGGUCCUCGUCCUUCCAAGCCAGCAAUCGAACUCCCAAAGUUCAUGCGCUUUGAUGGAGAGAGGAUUACUAUUCCUGUUGUGGAAGGCCAUUGCCCAAGACCUCCUCCUCCUCCUCCUCCUCCUCCUCCUUUUUCAUCUUCUUCUGAUGCUGCUGUUUCUUCACAUUCUUCAUCACAAAUUGCGAGGCCUGAUUGGGCGAAGUCGCUUGCCGAAACCCAGACAGCAAGCGGGGCACAUGGGAGCCUCACUGCUCACGGAGAGGGAGAGGAGGAGGGAGAGGGAGAGGGAGAGGGAGAGGUAGAGGGUGAUGAGAGACGCUCCAUUGUGAAAAACGAUGAUCAGUCCAUCUGGGAAGCUGCCAAGCCUUUCAGUGACACGACUGAGUCAGCCAGCUUGCCAUCCAUCAUGAUGGAUAUGGGUAUAGAGCAGCCUACUACUACUAGUCAUUCAGUCAGUUUGCCUCCCAUCAUGAUGGAUAUGGGUAGACAGAAGCCUACUACUACCGGUAGUAGUAGUCCUUGUGGACGAUGGGUUCCUGGCCUGUCCUUGGUUGCUGACAUGAGACUUAUUCCCUACGGAAGACCCAAUCCUCAUCACGAGACUGAGAAGAUCCUCCCUGCUUUCCUCUUGAUUCACAGAUUCGGUCUAACCAACUCCUCUUUCUAUUGGUUUGGUUCAUUCGAUUUGCUCUCCACUUGGGCUCAAGGAUUGAUCCUGGCCCUUGGCUUCCAAUCCUCUGUCGUCUUUCUUCCUCUCCCUGGACCCAACGAUCCUCCGGUCUGUUUCGAAGAUGCCAUUCUGUUUUCGGCCGGUUCUAACGGCAGGUACGUGCCAGAUCCUGACACCCACGAGUGGAUGAGGAGCCGCGUCCUCAAACACUGCAACAUUCCCAACGUCGUAUCUAGCCGUCCGAUCAUCCAAUCGGUCGUCUUGGAUCGAUCCUCACCUACGCGGCGAUUCGCCAAUGUGCCGGCAAUUAAGCAGGUGUUAGAAGAGGAGCUGCAUGUUCCUGCGCUGACUCGUCGGAGUGGGAGAGGGGACUUCUGUCACCAAGUGGGUGCGGUGGCGUCGGAGGACUUUGUAGUGACCUCUCAUGGAGCGCAGAACAUGGUCUUCUUGUUCGCGCGCCCACAUGCCGUCAUCGUGGAGGUGUUUCCUUAUCUCUAUCACACGACAAUUUUGAGAAACGUACUCCAAGCCGCGCGUAUUCAGCGCGGGAGACUCUCGACGUUUCGAGAGUGGCCUUGUAGCAUGGCAUCUGACAGCUCUCGAUCGGGUUUCGAGAGUUUCCCGAUGGAGAGGAGAUUCCGGUCCUCUGCUAGCCUUGCUAUCACCAAUUGCCUAGUGUGCAAUGUCGCAGCUGUUGCUACAUGGACAUCGGUGCUCUCGAAGCUGUGGGAGAGCUACAGGCAGUGGUGGGAGCAAUGCCGUUGGAAGUAUCCCUGCGAGGUGCUAGUUGCUCCCGUCAGCACUCGCUCCUUUGGGGGCAUCCUGGUCACAAGGGCACUGUUGGGUCACCAUGGUUGUGCCUGGGGACAGCCGGAGCACAUCCCAUCUGGAAAAUGAUGGAGUGUGAGGCUAUGCUAGCAGCCCUGCCCAACAUCACAUAGAAGUAAACAUUUCUUGAUAUA